AUGCUUUGGAGUGACCAUAUCCAGAAAAUCAUCUGCCUGUGUUUUACUGUGCCUGGAAUUGUGGGGAAUAUACUAAUAUUUGUCAGAUACGUAUAUCAUUUUCUCAUGGGGACUGGGAAAAAGUCUGUAGACCUUAUCCUAAUCCACGUGGCAUUUUCAAAUAUAGUCAUUACUUGUAGCACAGUUAUCAGAGAUUUAGCCACCGUUUUUUAUUUCAGGAACUUCCUAGGUGAUGUUGGUUGUAAAAUUGUGGUUUUUCUGGGAAGGAUGGCUCGAGGACUCUCCAUCUGCACCACCUGUCUCCUCAGCAUGGUCCAGGCUGUCACCAUCAAUCCCUGGACCACAUUGUGGAGAAAACUCAAAUCACAGACUACAGGGCAGAUUUUUCUCUAUCUUCUCCUCUUUUGUAUCUUUAAUUCUCUAAUAAGCUCCAAUUUGUUGUAUUAUAUCACAGUAGUCAGUACUGUGAACAUAUCUGGAACUGACAUGUAUGGUGGAUAUUGCUAUAUGCAAUCAUCUAGGCUAAUAGUGAGAUAUUUUUUUAUCUCUCUCAUGGCUUUCCGUGAUGUCAUCUUCCAGAGUCUCAUGGGCUGGAGCAGUGCGUCCAUGGCUCUGCAUUUAUAUAAACAUCACAAGCGUGUCCUCUACCUUCACAGCUCCAAGUGUGUGAACAAUUCCAGCCCAGAAAUCAGGGCCACACUGAGCACUCUCAUUCUGAUGACCUGCUUCCUUUUCUUCUAUUGGGUAGAUUUCCUCUUCUCCUGCUACACAGGUUUCACCGUGACAAGAAAUUCCAUCACCUUUAUCAUUAAAACUUUUCUAGAACCUGGUUAUGCUGUUCUCUGCCCCUUUAUUCUGAUCAGCAGAGAUGUCCAUGCUACUAAAUAA